AUGGCUUCUCUGGAUGAGCGCUUUGAGGCGGCCGUAAAGAUCGUUCAAAACUUGCCAAAGAACGGGCCCGUCUCCACCACCAACGAUCAAAAGCUCGAGUUUUAUUCUUUGUUCAAGCAGGCGACCAUUGGGGAUGUGAACACGGAACGGCCGGGCUUCUUCAGCUUGGUCGAGAAGGCCAAAUGGUAGGAAUUAUUUGUUUAUUUUCAAGAAUUAUAGUUUGUUGUUCUAAUUCUGGGUGUUCGCUAAUCGGAAUAUAAUACUUGUGCGUUAGUAAUUCGCGAGACCAAUCGUAGAAAAAGCGCCGAAUCUUGAUUGUGGGAAAAGAUAACAAGUUUUUUGAGGCGACAGAGAAAGUCAAACUUUUAGAAAGAGAGAAAUUGCGCAACGUUACGUAAUAUUGUGCAACAACUGCUAGCAGUCAGGAUUCGGUGAUUUUUUUGCGAUUCGUCGCGCGAAUUACUAACGCACACGCCUUACAUGUUGAUUAUAAAAUAUUCAGGGAUGCGUGGAAGGCGAGAGAAGGGCUUUCUAAAGAAGAUGCCAAGGAGAAAUACAUCGAGGUUCUUCUGUUGAUGUUUGAUAAGAUCGGGGAGGUGGUUAAUAUCAAGGAAUGGGUCAAUGGACCUGAUCUCGACCCCUCAGUCAAGGACAAUCUUAUUAUCCUCGGAAAGGACCUAUAA